AGCUCAGCAGUGCGUCCCUCACCUCCUCGGAUUCCGUGUGACCAGCAGCCCUGAGCGGACAGCAGCCGCCCCGUCCCGCAAACCAGCACAGCCACCAUAAAACCCGAACGAUGACAUUCUUACAGCAGCGACAGGGGCUGACAUUUAUUUGACAACUUCCUUUCCCACACCUUGCCUCCGCCGAUCCUUUGCUGUUAAGUGCCCUGUUCCAGCUGUCCUGUCCCCUCCCCACCCUUCGGACUCUCCGGUUCAGCGGGACCAUGAUGCUCAGCAGCUCUGUGGAGGUGCCCAGCCCGGGCGGGAUAAGCGGCCUCGGCGGGCUGAGCGCGGCGGCACGGAACGUGGUGCGCUCCUCGAGCAUCUCGGGGACCAUGUACAGCCUGGAAAAGAGCCCCACCAACGGGGCUCCGGACUCGGCGUCGUUGACUGGCAACAAGAAGCGGCGCUCCAGUCUGGGCGCCAAGAUGGUGGCCAUUGUGGGGUUGUCACAGUGGAGCAGAAGCACACAGCAACUUAACCAGCAAGAUGGUGGAAUGAAGAAGCUCCGCAGUACAAUCCGAAGGAGCACAGAGACUGGCAUAGCAGUGGAGAUGAGGAACCGGGUGACACGGCAGGGCAGCAAAGACUCCACCGAUGGCAGCACCAACUCCAACAGCUCCGAAGGAACGUUUGUCUUUCCUACCACUCGCCUGGGGCCUGAGAGUCAGUUCAGUGACUUUCUUGAUGGUCUUGGCCCUGCCCAGAUUGUAGGACGGCAAACACUAGCCACACCCCCCAUGGGGGAUGUCCAUGUAGGCAUGGUAGACAGAGGAGGGCAGCUGGAGGUGGAAGUGAACCAGGCCAGAGGGUUGACCCCAAAACCAGGCUCCAAGAACAUACCAGCAACCUACGUGAAGGUGUAUGUCCUGGAGAACGGCGUGUGCUUGGCCAAGAAGAAAACCAAAGUAGUAAAGAAGACUCUGGAUCCCACCUACCAGCAGGCUUUGUUGUUUGAUGAAAGUCCUCAGGGCAAAGUCCUGCAGGUAAUAGUGUGGGGGGAUUACGGACGUAUGGACCACAAGUGCUUCAUGGGAAUGGCUCAGAUCCUCCUGGAGGACCUGGACCUGUCUGCCACCGUUGGCGGCUGGUACAAGCUGUUCCCUACCUCCUCUCUGGCAGACCCCAGCAUCGGACCCCUCACCAGACGCCUCUCCCAGUCUUCCCUGGAGAGCGCCACCAGCCCCACAUGCACCUAGACACCCAGCAGACGUCCCGCAGAGCGCAGACACCGGCACGCGUACUGUAUAUACACGACGACUGUACCUGAAGCGCGUCGCAGUUAGGCAUACACCGCUCAGCGGCACGUCCCAGGUUCCAUACGCAUCGACGGCCACACUUUCCUCCAUCGCCCAUCACGACUCACCAGCCAAACCUAACCCGACGUAGACACAAGCGACGUGAACAUGUAGCGAUCGUCAUUUCACCACAGCCACCACGCCAGGCGCCACGCCCCGCAUUCCGAAGUCGUCAAACCUCCGCGGCGCGUCUCAUCCCGGGGGCCAUCCCGAUCCAACCCAGUUUCUAAUCUCUCUAUGCCAAACUCAGAAAAAAAAACUUUAUUUUUUAAAACCAAAGCAAUUGUUAUUGUUGUUCUUAUUAUUCCUAUAAGUAGUAGGUGAAACUAGUAUACAAUAUAAAGUAUGGAUAUGUAGCAGAGUCGAUGACUUAGAUGUAAUGCAAAAAAAAAGGAAAAAAAAAAAAGAAGAUAUAUUCUACAUACACACACAGAGAAGUUAAGAGCGGGAUGUCAAACACACAGACCUGGCUCGGAUGUUCACAUAAUGGCUGUUAUGUGAGGUAGCAACACUGCUAUAUUCUAUGAUUUUCACAGGGCAGAGUUUAUACAUGAAUAUCUAAAUAUAUACGAAAUAGAUAGCUAAAUACUUAUUUGUCUUUCUAUAUGUAUCGGCUGCAUUCUGCAUGUUUGCUUGCGAGACAUUUUGGAGUGCUUCAAAGUCUUUUUAUUUAGCUUGCCUUGACCAACGUAAACAGUGCCGCUGCUUUUGUUUUGCCGAUAUGUCCCGACGAAAAGGAGCACCGAGUUAGAGCAAAGGACGCGACUGUCAUCGCUGUUUGCAGAAGAAGAAAAAUGAAUUAGCCACACACUCGACUUUACAGUCCCUUCCUUCACCUUAGGUGUUUUUGAACCACUUCUGCACUGGGGUUGGGGUUUCGGGUGGAAGUGUUCCCACAUGUUUGGACUGCCACUUCAUUUCCUUUGUUCUGAUGUCCUGAAUUCUUCUUCCUGCUCAAUGAGAUGGGAAGCAUCAGCAGCAGCCCUUUGCUUGCCAUGGCCACUUGUUUGUCCCUCUGAACCUGCUGUAAAUAUGUAUAUAAUUUCAGAGGACUUUUUUUUUCUCUUGUUUCUUUUUUUGGGACAUUACAAUAGCAUUAUAGGUGCAGCCACAAAUAUUAAAAUAACAUUGAUAAGUAAAUAUAUUUCCUCAGUUCAGUUCAGAGUGAAAGUCAUAUAUUGUGUAAACAUUUCUUUAUCACACGUUUUCCUUCCACUAAACCUUUCAUUAAUAUUCAGCUGACUUGACAGUUUUUCUCCAGUGUUAACCAAGAUAGAUUAGUUCUUAACAUUAUAUUUCAGAUAUUAAAUUAGGGACAUUAAUAACACUAAACAUUUUUUUUAAUUUAUCUUUAAAUGGAAUAAAUGAAUUUAUUUAUUUUUGGAUUUUCAUUAGUUGUAAAGUAUUACUGUCACAAUUAAUGUAAUGAAUCGACAGUAUCCAAUAUAUGAUUUUCACUUUUGAAGUGAAUUAAUAAAAAUCAUAAACUUUUUGAUGA